GCAGCACGCUAUGAAUCCAAUUGACCGCAUUGCGUUUUCAUUUCCGUUUCCGGUUGCAUUUUCUAUAAUCGAUACUUCUGCCUUGGAUGUGCGACAAUUGUGACUGUGAACGUUUUCGUGCUCCACAUUAGCUGGAAAAGUAAUACCCGCUAUAAAACAAAAAAUAGAAUAACAAUAAAUAAAGGGAAAUUGAUUAAGGCGAUUCUUAGACAUGUUGAUUGAGCCGACUUUAAACCGUGACCUUGGCUCGCUUACUGUCGCAAAUUCUGGCCUCUCGGCCGCGCACUGGAAAAUGGAGCCCCAUCCCCAACGCAUCACAUCGCUGGCCCCUCACGCCUCCAGUGUAGCGGCGGCAUCCGUGGCAGCAGCAGCAGCGGCGGCGGCAGCGGCAGCAGCGGCAACGGGAACGGGAUCUGGAGCGGUAACGGCGGGGUCCCCCACAUCGCCCACAUCUGUGCAAAUACCGCCCGGCUUUGGCGGCGCCUCUGGAAUGCCACCGGGAGCAGCCGGAGCCACGGGGAGCACCCUCAACACCCUGAUGUCGCAGCAUCGCCUCCUGGAAUUCUCCCGGUUCGGCGGUCUUCGCGGCUACGAUAUCGCCCAGCACAUGCUAACGCAGCAGGGCGCUGUCUCCAAGUUGCUAGGCUCGCUGCGACCACCGGGCUUAAUUGGUGGCUCAAAGCCCAAGGUGGCCACGCCGACGGUCGUCUCCAAGAUCGAGCAGUACAAGCGGGAGAAUCCGACGAUCUUCGCCUGGGAGAUACGCGAACGCCUGAUCUCAGAGGGUGUCUGCACGAAUGCCACCGCUCCGUCGGUGAGCAGCAUCAAUCGCAUCCUGCGCAAUCGAGCCGCCGAGCGGGUGGCCACCGAGUUUGCCCGGACCGCCGCCUACGGGCUCUACCCGCCGCCCCCUCAUCCGUACGGCAGCUUCACCUGGCAUCCGGCUGGAAGUGUUCCCGGUGGCCAGGGGGUUCCCCCGCCGCCGCCUCCAUCCGCCCUGUGGUCCGUGGCGGCUCCCACGCUCGCCAAUCUGCCGCCAAGUGCCGCCAGUGCGGUCCAGCCAUCGCCCACUUGUGGUUCCCUGAGCUCCGCCCAUCUGAUGGCCAGCGGUGGUGCAGGUGGUGUGCCCACCAACAGGGCCAUCUCACCCGGCUCUGGUAGUCAUGAUACCUUGGAAUCGGCCGACGAGAACAGGCACAUAGACUCCGAUUACCUGGAUGACGACGAUGAGCCCAAGUUCCGGCGCAACAGGACCACCUUCAGUCCCGAGCAGCUGGAGGAGCUGGAGAAGGAGUUCGACAAGAGCCACUAUCCCUGUGUGAGCACCAGGGAGAGGCUCUCCAGUCGCACCAGCUUGAGCGAAGCGCGAGUGCAGGUUUGGUUCUCGAAUCGCCGGGCUAAAUGGCGUCGCCACCAGCGCAUGAAUCUCCUGAAGCGUCAGCGCUCCAGUCCCGCCAAUCCGAUGCACUCGCAGCAAUCGAACGAUGCGCCGGCCGGUUCGCCCACGCCCAGCAAUCACAGCAGUGCCUCCACCUCCGCUCCAGUGGCUCCCGUUCCGCCCACUCCCCAGCAGCAGUCGCAGUUGCCCCUGUGCGGUGACCACUCGCCGCAGGCUCCGCCGCCCUCGGUGAUGCUGCAUCCCCUGCAUGGACCUCCUGGCGGGCAUCAUCACCACCAUCCUUUGCACCUGCCCACGCAUCCGGCGGCCCUGCAGCUCCUCAGUCACUACCACCAACAGCAGCAGCAACAGCAGCAGCAGCAACAUCAACAGCAGCAACAACAGCAGCAACUCUCACCCACAGGCUGCAAUCCGGCUGCAAGUCAUCUUUCCAUGGGCGGCGAGAGGAGUGCCUUCAGGAGUCUGGUGAGCUCUCCCUCGGCGGCUGCCUUCCUGGGAUUGGCCAGGCAAUAUGCAGUGGCUGCUUCAUUGACAGUCGCCGAGGAGCAACGCUCCCGAUUGCACUACUCCUCGCCACUGGCCGUCGAUGGAGGAGCAGCAGGACCCAUGGGCGGCGGCGGCGGCUCAACCAUGACGGUGGACAACUCGUCGUCGGACUCGGAUGAGGAGAUCAACGUGCACGACGAUUCGGAUGGUGAAAUCGAGUCGCCGGCGGCGACGGCGGCAAAGGUGGCCCGCCUGUCAUCCUCCGAUGCGCCGGCCACGUUGCAAUUCCUAAAGCAUGACCGCUAGAUAGGCGGCGGCAAAGUCUAAUUGAAAACUUGAGUUGUGCGCGCCUCUGUGAUUGACAGCAGCAGCAACAACAGCAACUACUGAUGCAAUUGCAAUUGCAGCUUGUUGGACUGAAACACGAGAAGCGACUACAUUUGUGGGCAAACAAAUCGAAAACCAAAGUUAAAAUGCUGCUCACCUACUUGCCUGCGGUUCGGGGUCGCUGGAAGAAAAACAAAAAAAAA